CCCCCCCCCCCCAAAAGGACCAAGACCCUUCAAUUCUUUAACUCAAUAGGUUUCACCAGGCAUGCAGCCUAGUGAGGUUACAGCACUCCAUUAUCUAGCCUCUUCAAAAAACCCAUCUCCAUACCCAGCUAACUUUAACAUGACUCAGAAUACAGCAUCCACAUUUCAAUUUAACCAGUUCCCUAAUCCAUUAUACAAUUUCCAGCUCCCACCUCAAUUUCAAGACAUAAAUCCACAUUCCUCAUCUUUCAGCAGUAAUUCAACUUCUGAUGAAGCUGAUGAGCAACAACUAAGUCUUAUCAAUGAGAGAAAACAGAGAAGGAUGAUAUCUAAUAGAGAGUCUGCCCGCCGUUCACGUAUGCGCAAGCAGAAGCACCUAGAUGAGCUGUGGUCACAGGUGGUUUGGCUCCGGAAUGAGAACCACCAGCUCAUAGAUAAGCUGAACCAUGUUUCGGAGUCCCAUGACAAGGUGAUUCAAGAAAAUGCUCAGCUGAAGGAGGAAGCUUCAGAACUUCGUCAAAUGCUUACUGAUAUGCAACUUAAUAGCCCUUUCCCUACUUUAAGAGACCUGGAUGAUGUUCCCUGCAACACAGCUUAUCUCAGAGCUGAGUCCUCAAACCAGUCUGCCACUAGUUCUAUGGAUCUGCUUGGCUAAGAUGGAGGUCAAAGUUAUUAUAUUAUCCUCUUUCUAGUUUUGGUUCUUCUGUUUCUAAAGAAGUCAACCAGUUUUUGCUUAGCAAUUUAGCCAGUAUGAGAUUGAAGAAAAUUUGAAAUAACACGUUUUGAGCAUUUUACUUGAA